CGCACCUGUGUGAUUCAUCCGUGUCGUGCAUUUUUUAAUGCUACAAUCGCCAUUGUUUGGUUGACUGACCGUGGGUCCCUUCAGCUUAUCUGGUUUUGGCUUUGCUGCCCUGGUAGCCUGGUAGUGUGUACCUUACCUAGUUAGCUGCCCGUCCUCGUCGCCCCGAUAGCUGCCUAUCCUCGUUCAUCGAUCACUCACCAUCCUAAUAUUCCACUACCUUACCUGACGAAACGUGGACACCUACGGCCCGUCUCCGCUUCCCUACGCCGCGCCUACCUCUCCUAGAAACCGGUCGCGCCCGUUCGUCUGCUGUCCGAACUCGCACCCGUCCGUCCUUCGUCACUCACAAUACCUACCUUACCAACUUAUUACGCGACAAGGCCACCCACCCCAUCCAAAAAGGAGCUUUCUCUCUGUACGUCCAGACGUACUACGCACACGAUUCAAACCGCAGUCACAAUGGGUAAGUUGAAGAUGUUUCUUGCUUGAUUCCUCGUAUCGCGGUUUUAUAUCAUGCGCGGCCAUUGCUGCUCUUUAUAUCACCGUGGUUGGCCAUAGACACACGCGUCUGCGCCCAUCGAGGCAACGUGCGUGCCGUUCCUUUGCCGUCUCUGCUCGACAGUACUGUACCCAUUGCCCUCAAUGGCCCCUCGAGGCUCGGCGGACUCUGGCAGUAGUCGGCUGUCCCAACCUGUCUAUCGUACCCGGAGCCUGAUUGAGCCCGAGUCUAUCCAUGAUCUGAGCAUCCUCAUCCGAAAGCCUGAACACAACAGAUCUUGAGCGUCCUCUCAAGCCUUGUCUGUUGCUGCUGUGUCUUGCAUCGUUUGUUGUUGUAUCUGCGCAUGCGCUCCCACUCCUUGGAGUGUCUUCAUCAAUCAAUGUGAUACCACCUCUUGCUUGAUGCAGCCUCGGAGGUCCCCCAUUCCACUCCAACAGACCUCUCCAGCCGCCUCUUCUUUCUCGCGUCGUCUUUCCCCAUCCAUUGCAUUGCAUUAUCGAGCCCCCUUACCUGCAUCUUCCGCCAAGGUCCACUCGACUCUGCCACCACCCCUCCACUAGAGAGGUUGACCUCGUCUGGCUACCUCAACCAAGCUACCCUCACUCCCUGUUAUUUCAACCACUCUUCCUCUCCUCACCAUUUUCCACCGUUGCGCAUCUUACGCAGAGCUGAUUCCGGUGAUACUUAUCGACCCGUAAGUAACCUAUGUUCAUUUCUGACUUACUUUCAACCUUGCCUCGAGCUGCGCUGCUUGUUGAGAUUACCUGUCUGUUGGCGCAAUUGGCUUUAUCGCCGUGCCGAGUUUGUGCGCUCCCCCGCGCUUGUUGAUGUUGCGAUCUUCGGUCGCCGCUUCGGUCGUUUGGCCUCAGCUACCCGAGCACCUUGAUCGCAACAUCAAUAUUAGAAAGAAGCUCGCAUUAGCUCCUUUCAUCCGAGAUCCACCGUCGCGGCGCGCUUUAAUUACCGUUGCACUUUUCCAUUCAAGAUGUCAGGAAACAUUUGAUUGGAGAGGCAGGCGAAUGGCACUGCUCUUCUUGGCAAACGGCUACCGUCUUGCCAGUUGACAGUGCCAGCGGCUGCGGGCAGUUGCAGUGAUUCAAACUCAACUUCGCGCGCACACUUGAUCUAUCCGAAAUAUCUCAGUUUAACAAAACCCUCCGUCUACACAGCACCAGCGCUCUCUAUCUCACCACAAUUGCACCUUAGCAUGGAAUCACAACUUGUACUUUUACCUGCUAACAAGCUCAAGCGUGAGAGGUCACGAUCUCCCCGCAGACGAUCCAGAAGCCCUGAUAGGUCACAUCGACGCCGCUCCUACUCUCCUCGCAGCCGAUCAGGAAGCCGGGACGAAUAUCGACGAAACCGUGAUCGCUCGCCCAUGACUAGCACAGGCGCACCAGGUGGAGGACAAAGUGCUGGAUACGGUGGACAGGCACCGCAUCGAUCUUACGAAGAAAGAGCCGUUGCUCGAGAACAAAUGAUGAAUAAUAUUCGCGAAACCUCCCAACAGGACCGCCGAGUCUACGUCGGCAACCUCUCGUACGAUGUCAAGUGGCACCAUCUCAAGGACUUCAUGAGACAGGGUGAGGCUUUCAAUGCCGCGGAAUGCAGGUGGAACAAAUGGGACUGACGAAAUGGUAUAGCUGGAGAGGUGCUCUUUGCCGACGUACUCUUGCUUCCCAAUGGAAUGUCGAAGGGAUGCGGUAUUGUGGAAUAUGCUACUCGGGAGCAAGCCCAAGCGGCUGUUGCCACGCUCAGCAACCAGAACCUCAUGGGUCGUCUAGUCUACGUGCGUGAGGACCGAGAAGCCGAACCUCGAUUCAUCGGAGCAACUGGCGGAAACCGUGGCGGCUUCGGCGGCGCCGGCGGUGGUGGUAUGCCCGGUGGCUUCAACCCUGGAUACGGCGGCGGCGCACCUGGUGGUGGUGCUGGAGGUGGCGGCCGUCAGAUCUAUGUGGCCAACCUUCCUUUCAAUGUUGGCUGGCAGGAUUUGAAGGACUUGUUCCGUCAAGCAGCCCGAAACGGCGCCGUGAUUCGAGCUGAUGUACACAUCGGACCUGAUGGUCGCCCUAAGGGUUCUGGCAUUGUCGUCUUUGAGAGCCCAGAUGAUGCCCGCAACGCCAUUCAGCAGUUCAACGGCUAUGACUGGCAAGGCCGUGUUAUUGAAGUCCGCGAGGACCGCUAUGCCGGCAGCGGACCUGGCAUGGGCUUCGGUGGCCGAGGUGGCUAUGGCGGUGGCAUGCGCGGAGGAUUUGGAGGAGGAUUUGGUGGCCGCGGUGGUUUUGGCGGAGGACGUGGUGGUUUCGGAGGCGGCUUUGGUCGUGGAGGCUUCGGUGGAGGUGCUCCUGGCGGCCCAGGUUUCGAGCCCCCUGCCAGCUCCGUCCCUCCCAACCCUUUCACUGAUUUUGCUACCGCCGGCACCGAGAGGGGAGAAAUCAUCUACGUUCGCAACCUACCCUGGUCGACUAGCAACGACGACCUGGUUGAGCUGUUCACCACCAUCGGAAAGGUCGAGCAAGCUGAGAUCCAGUACGAGCCUAGUGGUCGUUCUCGUGGUACUGGCGUGGUUCGAUUCGAUUCAGCCGAGACCGCGGAGACUGCCAUUGCCAAGUUUCAAGGCUACCAGUAUGGUGGCCGUCCUCUCAACCUGAGCUUUGUGAAGUAUCUGAACCAGGGCGGAAACGACGUCAUGGACACAGAUCCCCACGGCGGAUUGACCCAGGAUCAGAUCAUGUAAGAGGAGGACGUUCAUUUGUACUGAACUUCAUGCAGCUAUGUUUCGGUCGACUUUUGUCUUGGCGGCGGCGACCGUCUGCAUCUACACACAACGCUUUUUAUAUCUGGUUGUUUUGUUUUUUUGGUACUUUUCGUUUUCCACAUGAGCAGCAAAAGUUGGGGUUUAUCAACGGUGGAAUCUUAACUCACGGAUAGGGGGUCGAAGUCACUAUCACCUUGGAGAAUAAGUCGAUGACUUGGUCUCUAAUAAGCUGGGAGCGAGGGAGGAUUUAUGAUGGGCUUACCAUACAGAACCGAAUGAUCCCACCGUUGACACCCAGAUGACCGGUCCAACGCACGCGGUUAUCAAGUAUAGGGUUGCUCAUUGUCAAUGAAGGAAAAGAUGGCUGUUGGCUUCUCAGGAAACAACAGAACUCUACUUAGAAUGUAUGUCGAGUAAUCAUCCGAAGGUUUUUAAGAACGAUGGCAGGUGGUCUUGGUGAAGGGGAGCGUAGGACUUCAACGGACAUGCGUAGCGUCUUGGGGCAUGAAAGUCCGCUGGCCGGGCAACGAUAUAAGUGAAGGUGAAGGUGAAGGUGAA